CUGGCAGCAAAUGGCCCGUCUUCACUAGUUGUGCGGGCCCCAGCAAAACUUCCAUUCUUUCGGAGUUUUAUGGAUUAUACAGUCAGAGGGGUCGAUUCCUUAGAAGGUAUAGCUGCUUCGCAUGACUGCACUAUUGGCGAAUUGAUGAAACUGAACCGAAUGAGUUCUCGAAUGGUUUUCCCAGGUCAAAAGAUUCUUGUGCCAUUGCCUUCGACAGACCGUGUCGUUGAUAGUGAACCCAGGACUACCUCGUCACACAAGCUUGUUAAUCAAAUUGGAGGCAGUGAGAAUGCUGCUGAUGGGAUUCGCAAGGGACCCGGUGGUGCCGUUCCAGCACAACAUCAGCGUAUUCUAACGAAAACGAGAAGUGUACCUGUUUCUCGCACUGAUGAUGCCGAUUCUGAUUGCCUUCAACGGUUUUUGAAGAUUAAAGUAAAACAAGUUACUGAGUCUGAUGGAACAGUAUCAGGCACUCUUCUCGUAACUCCUAAUUGUCUAAUGUUCGAUCCAGAUGUUAGUCACCCGUUGGUGAAAGAAAAUGGACAGGAUAUAUACGGGAUGGUAGCGAACAUGGACGAAAUCGUUUCCGUCUCUGUUUACAAGGACAUAAGCGCGCUGACGGGAGAUGAGGCAGAAAAGAAGAAGGAUAUUUUUGAUCCAGAUCAUGUAGCAAUCGCAAACAUAUCGAACUUGUCACAGGUUAUUCAUAUCUACUCCAAUAUUUUUGUUCCACACCAUUCAACGGAGCUCGCUAGCGAAGCUUUGUUGCCAUCCAUCGACGAGGAGUCACAGAGUUUAAAAUCGCCUGGCGACGACCACCGUAACUACAUUGGUGAAGACGUCACUCAAAUUGCUCAAAUACAUUUUCGUCAACAUUCGUCGUUGUCUCAGACGUCAUCAUUGUCACUACGUGAUUCGGAAGAACGACCACUAUCGUAUUCUGACAUAGAUGCAGCUCAAAGUCAGCACUCCGGAUUUGGCUCCCGUUUCUCCCCUAACGUUGCGAGACGUUCAUUUGGCAAGCUUGGACGAACGCUUAGUGCUCGUGCUAAGUCAAUCCAAGGUACUGUUGCUCAAGGUACAAAACAAGUUGCUCAUGGAGUUGUGUCUCAUACAAGAAGCGCUGCAGGUUUGCAAGUUUUUUCUUGCGUAGUACUAAUUUACUGGAUGAAAAAUAACGUGCAUUUUCAGUGCUGCUCUCCUCCCAGACAAGUCUGGUACCAAUUUACCGACCCCGGACGGAUGGAGGGCUUGGUGAUCCUGGGACACGGGAUUGAUUCCAAGUGCGGUGCAGGGCGCCUCUGA